AUGCCACUCGAUAACAAUUCUUUAACGCUAUCCCCACUUCCCGACGUGCUGUCUCACGGCCUCGUGGCGGUCUCUUCGUUCGGUCUCUUGUCCUUUUUCUGUUCGACCUCUCUCUUCGCGUACCUGACCUGGCGUCUCGUAACAUGGCGAUUAAAAAGCGGUGCCAAUAAUCCCCCAAAUCAGUUCCUUCUCUUAAUCUACAACCUUCUCCUCGCCGAUAUCCAGCAAGCGUGUGCUUUCCUGCUGAACAUCUCGGCGCUGAGGAAUAAUGCUAUUAUCGUCGGGACCCGGACGUGUUGGGCGCAAGGAUGGUUCGUCUCAACUGGCGAUCUGGCGAGCAGUGUCUUCAUUUGCGUCAUUGCCGUCCAUACUUUCUUCGGCGUGGUGAAGAACUAUCGACUGCCGACGGGGGCCUUCUACUGUUGUAUCGCUGCGGCGUGGACGUUCAUCUAUGUCAUGGCGUUGAUCGGACCUCUGCUCCACGGCAAAGAGUUCUACGUGCGAGCCGAUGCUUGGUGCUGGAUCAACGACCGCUUCUCCAUCGAACGUCUCUGGCUGCACUACUUCUGGAUCUUCGUCGCCAUGUUCUCCACCAUCCUGAUCUACACCUUCAUCUUCAUCUUCCUCCGCACCUCAACCCGGCACUCCAACCCCUCGCCCCGAGCACCGCUCCUGCACGGCGCCACUCCGCUCAUGAUCCUGUACCCCCUCAUCUACACCAUCUGCACCGCUCCCCUAGCCGCCGGCCGUAUCGUCUCCCUAGCCGGCCACGACGUCCCAAUGAGCUAUUUCGUCAUGGCCGGCACGAUGAUCGCCUGUAACGGCUGGCUCGACGUCCUGCUCUACGCCAGCACCCGCGCUGACAUCGUGUUCAGCGAGUUCCCGCCAGGAGAGGAAACUGGGCUGGAGACCUUCGCGUUUAUGGGCAGGGGACAUAGGUUAGGUACGGUGACUACGAUCGAAGCGGGCAACGCGGCGGAACGCACGGGAAGUCGCAUGAGGAGGAGGGGAGAGGAUAGUGUGGAGAAUUUGUAUGGGUUGGAUCAGAUUGGGAUUAAGGGGGAGGUGACGGUCAGCGUUGCGGCGGCGGGAGCGAAUGAGGUGAGGAGUACGGUUGGGACGAGGGGGAGUGGUGGGGGUGGGGGAGAGAAUCGGACGUGGGAUGCGAGGAGUACGAGGAGUGGGAAGAGUUUUGAGACUUGA